GUCAUCAAAAAGCGCUUAUGUUUGGGAGAAGAUUGCAGCAGACAAAUGAGACCUCGCUGAUUGCUAUCAGAGGGAGUGCAGUUUAACACCACAGAGAGACCAUCUCUGUUAAACGAUAUUUCAGAGGUAAGCAAGGCGUAUUGUUUAACGUUUUUCUUAUCAGUGCUCUGACUGGAUUGACUUUAUUACUCUGAAAAGUAAAGGUAGAAGUUUUGAAUACGAAUGACUAGAAAAUUAAUCCCUAAUUUUCAGGAUUAUUUACAGUCAUCUAUAAUCAGGAUUCUGUCCGAAGUCAGUCGGCAGUAGUCUUCGUGAGCCCUCUUCCUGAUGUGUCAGGUGGAUGAAGUCUACAGUGAUCACCUGGAGCGCGCGGCGGUGCCCAGGUGAGUCAGUGACGAGCCUUUGAGCUCCUCAGGUAUUACCUAAACGUGAAUGUGCUGUCUGUGAAGUCAAUAUUGUGGUCAGUCCCAGCUGUGGAAUCGUGUGUGUGUGUGUGUGUGUGUGUGUGUGUGUGUGUGUGUGUGUGUGUGUGUGGUCUGUCACCUUUGAUAGUUUCUGAUAAUGCAUUUUUCUUAAAUGAAUGACGACAGAAACAUAAGUGUAAGAUAUGAAUCCAUCCUGGUGAUGUUUUUUGUUUCUCAUUUGUUAGUGUUUCAAAAAAAUGUCUCAAAUGCAAAGAGGCGGCAGCAGCCGUGGUCAUCAGAGCUGGACAUUCAUACUGCAGGUGAGGCAUGCAUGAGUGCUACAGGUGAUGGUUAAUAGUCUCUGUGUAAGGAUUUAAAAGAGUAAAGAGCAGUCUCUUUGUGGUUUUUAAUAUCCCAUUAUGUGUCACUUAGACCACACCAGUGCACCAUCAAAAAGUGCUUCCUCUCAGAGUGGGCUCCUAAACAGCCAGAAACAUGGGUGUUUCCGCUGAAAGUAUUUUGUGUGCAUACUGUAUGUAAAAAUAUGGAAUGAUCCAAAUAAAGGCUAAUGCUUCUCCUGCUGAAACACCUUAAGGCCUGUUUAAUCAGUGAGACUGCCAUUUAUCAAUAAAAAUAGACUAGACUUUAGACUAAAAAUAUUCUCAUUUAGCUGUGAAGUGCUUUGAAGAUUACACUUUGAUAUUACUCACAGUGAUAUGACCUAUGCGUAGGCGGCAUGCUCUCAUUCGGUGUUUACAGCACUACCUCUGACUGUUAAGAAAACCACAUAGAAGAAUUAUUUGAGUGUUUUACGGUCCAUCCUUCAUCUUUACCAGUCUGUGCAUUUCACCUGCCACAUGACUGUUAAAGGUGUGGGUAGAAAAGAUUGAAACAUGAUGUUUGUUUAAAUUUACAAGACUUUACUGUGUUUUUACACAUUUGCCAAAAUAGUUUUUUCUGUUUCAGGGGAUGUUUCAGGGAAUACUUCAUCCACAAGUUUAGAGCCAUGUUAGGCAAAAACAGGAUCAUUUUCCCUGCAGAGAAGGUAGGCUGUAAUAACUUAAUUUGUCAUGACAGGAAACUGUAGAUUAAUUGACUGUAGUUUACAUUCAGAGUUCAAUUAUGGCACAUAAUAAUUAACACAGGAAAGGUUCGAUAGAUUAAUAUGAGACUGCAGCCUUGUAUCUUGUGUACUCUGAUUGCAGGUGCUGCUGGCUGUAUCUGGAGGUCCUUCUUCCUGCUCGAUGCUCAGUCUAGUCCAAGAGGUUUAUAUGUUUGACUCUCUCUCCCACGUGUUUCCAUGUGUUCCCACCACAAAAACAUAGAAAACUGUGGUUACAAUAAUCUAUGUGAUUAGAGUAGAGUAGAGUGCUAUUUUAAUUUUAGUCAUUAUAAAUGUGUUUUUGUUUUAGUGAGUAAUCAAUAAUCCUUUUUUUUUCCUCUCAGGGUUUGAGUCAGAGUGCUCACAAGAAGCUGAGAUUCUUACCUGGCAUUGUCUACAUUGAUGGUAAAUGACAUUGCAACAAAACACUAUGUUUAAUAGUGAAGUGUAUGGCUUGGGGGAAUUUGAUUGGUCUGUAAGGAUUCUUUAAAAAGUCAACACUGGUUGUAUUCGCGUUUUUCCAGAGGGGGGUGCUAUCAGUCAAUCAAUGGAGGAAAGACAGAGGAUUGUGGCUGAGUUGCAGGCUGUAUUCAAAGGCACUGGUUUCCCCUUUCACAUUGUGCCUCUUGAACAGGUCAGUGUGGAAACGUCAAGAUUUGCCUUAAAUCAAAUACUAAUGAAGUUGCAUAAACAAAUAAAUUAUUUGUAUAUAAAGUUAUGAAUCUGCAACUACAAAACAGUUGAAACUGUAGAAAAAUAUCAAUUUUUAAGGUAUUAAAAGCAUUCAAACCCAAUAUUACAUUAAAAAUAGGGAAACGACAACAUACCAAAUGAUAAAACCGAUCAGGCUUAUAGUGAAGAAUAUUCAUUCAUUUUGAUUUUGGUACCAGCUACACCUUGUAACAGGUUAAUCCCAUGACAGGACUUCAAAAGGGCUCAGGUGACCACACCUCAUUCCAGUUCUGCAUAGCAGUGACACAAAGUCUGGUGAUUGGUUUGACUAUGUGAUAAAAGGUGGACCAUCAGAUCCAUUUCAAAGCAUGCACUUGUUUAGGCCCUGUUCUAAAUUCAUGCCAGUUACCACAGCUGAUCAGAUACUGAAAUUGUCCACUAACCUUCCACAGGUCCUGGACCUUCCCAGCUCAGUUCUGGUGACAGGCCCACCAACCUCAGAUCAACCUGCCAGUGCAUACAAAGCAGCUGUAGAUCACUUCAUUCAGAACAACAGCAGUAUCUUUUCAGCACCCCCUGAUCAGGAGGAAACAUCGCCACCAUCUCAGAAGGAAACUUCACUCCCUGACAUUCAAGAGUCUCGUGUUCACCUUCUGCAGCAGCUGAUUGGCUCUGUCAAGACACUGACAGCUAAAGCAGACCUGCUAAACAUUUUGAGGUCAGACUGGGGGGCUGUGUUACUGCGUUACACAGCUGUAUGAUUGUUUUCAGAUUUAUGAUCUAUUAGUUUAUUGAUUCUUUGAUCAAAAAUGAAAAAUAACUUAUUUAUAUUGUUGUUUUGGCAGCUCUGAAAGUCAUUUUUCCCUCUGAAAUCAAAGCCAAAGUCUGUCACAUCCUUCCUGUGUUUAAAACACUGCGUCAUUCUGAGAAAGUCAGGUCAUUUGUAUCUGUAAAUGUCUCAUCUUUAAACCUCUGACUGCUCUGUGUGUUCCUUUUACAGGCAGCAUCUACUGGUGCACACAGCUCGAGCCGAAGGUUACAGCAAGCUGAUGCUGGGAGACAGCUGCACCAGACUGGCUGUUAAACUGCUCACCAGUGUGUCAUUGGGCAGAGGAGCACAACUGCCUCAGGAUACGGUGUGUGUGUGUGUGUGUGUGUGUGUGUGUGUGUGUGUGUGUGUUUAUGUGUGUAAAGGAAACGGUUGUCUUUGUAGCAGAUCUGACUCCUGUUUGAUCGUGUGUGUGUGUGUGUGUGUGUGUGUGUGUGUGUGUGUGUGUGUGUGUGUGUGUGUGUGUGUGUGUGUGUGUGUUUGUUUUACAGGGUUUUUCAGACCCCAGAUAUGGUGACAUAACAUUAAUGAGGCCAAUGAGGGACUACUCAUCAAAAGAGAUAGCUUUCUACAACCACAUGUUUAAAGUGCCGUCUGUGUUUAUACCAAGCUUGGAAACGAAGGUAAGAAGACAGCAAUUUAAAAAGUCUUUAUUUGUACAUAAUUUACAGAAAGAGCUGAAUGACUGCAAAACAUGCAGCGUAACAGAUAAGAGACAAGGCAGCAGGUAAUAAGAUUCAAGUUAUUCUCACUAAAUGCAUCAGAAUUGGAUUUCACAAAUAAACAUUACUUUCAUUUUUCAAUUCACUUUUAGUAGCUGAUUGCACAGACAGAUUUCUAGUACAAAGCAAGGCAGUGAAAACAACAAGAACAAUAGAUUGGUUUACUUGAAUCCUUCUUUAAAAUAAGCUGAGAUAGAUGUUGUUGUUUACAACUCAGUUAGUGAGUCUCUGUGUGAUUGAACACGAGUACAUCUCCAGUUUGUCCAUCAGUUUGUUUUUGUAUCCGUCCAACAGACUACGGACAAAGCCAGUAUCCAGCGUCUCACAGAGGGCUUCGUCACCAAACUGCAGGCAGACUUCCCCCACACUGUCAGCGCCAUCUACAGGUCAGUAGGCUAUAUAAGUAAUUAUGAUUAACUACUUAUUUUAGUGUUGAAUAAAAUGUUUUAAGAGGUAAAGUCUAAAAAGCGGGACGGUGCAGCGGUGAGUGGCACACUGAUAGUUUUGUUUUGGGAUCGUUGCCCCUCAGAUGAUUAUGAGGGCAGUCAUGGGGAUGUUUCCUUUGCAUGUAUGCACACUGAGAUGCUUUGUACCACCUGCAUGUUGGGACAGUUUGUCUCGUCAUAUUCACUGAAUCUGCUGACUUUCUUGAUUUAAACACUAUUAAACCAGAAAGUUUAAUAGUGUUGAAAGGUUACAAGAUUUAUGCAAAGGCCAAUCAGACGUUCAGUCCAGUGCCAUCAUAACAUCAAACUGGGAUGUCUGCCUGAACAACCCUAAUGACCUGCACAGUGUGGACACACUAAUGUCUAUUUCAUCCUCACUUCUGAGCAUCAUCAGCUGUUUGUCAAGGGAAAAGAAACAGAGGAACUCUUGUCAUGCCAUCAUUGCUCACUUCUCCAUCCCUGACCAUGUCACUGAAGAGUGAGAACUAAAAAUCUUAUCUCGUAGUUACAACUUCCUUUUCUUUCAGACAGGCAUACAAAAUAUUGAAGAAUUAAAUAUUCAAGAUUUCAAAUUUUUGCUGUCCCUUUUGUUACAAAUUUCUGUAUGAUGUUUGUUCAGUGUAUUAUUUCUAGAUGAUUUUUUUUCACUCAUUUUAUCAGUGUUUUUAUAAUGAUGUCAAAGCCAGUUUUUAUUUUAAGGAACUCGAUUCACAACAACACUCAAAGAACCAGGUUGGAAACAUGAGCCACAACGUCUAAUAUUCUCAUUUAAAGGUUUAUUAUGUUGUAUUUAGUGUCAUUUAGCAGAACAGACUUGGUUAAACUGGAAUAUGAUAUUUUAAAGUUUGUUUGAAAUUGUGUGAAAGCACUUAGAUAUAAAAAACAUUUUGUUUUUAUUUACUUAAAAUUAGUAUUUUAUACCUAAAGCAGGUCCUCCUCCACAGGGGCUGCUUUCUUACACCACCACACCUCUACAGGAGGACAGAGUAGAUAAACUCAAGUGUUAAGGAUAAGCAAGGCAGCGUUUCCAGCCUAAGUCCAACUGUCAGGUAUCAUAAAUAUUACUCCUUCUCUCCUUCUCUGCACAGUGAGCCUUUCGGAUGAAAAAAAUCAAGAUGUAUUUCGCAGGAAAAAAAAUGACAGUGGAUCAGAAGUAGGCAUCUUUGGAACAAAAUAUGACCUAAUGUAUUUAUUAAACACAUUUUAUUGCCCGGUAGAUUGACUACCCCCCCCCCCCCCCCCAAUAAAUUAAGUAUCGUGAUUCUGAAAAUAAAGACCCUUUCGAAGUUAGUAUUUAACAGAAACUUGUCACAAACCCUAUUUCACAGUCACAAUUUUUAAAAGUUACAUUUGUUGUCAGAGUUUAAUGAAAGUGUUUUGUUUAUUUAUUUUUAAUUUUAUUAUUUUUUUUUACUGAAAGUUUGAACUGAUAAAUCAGUAAAAUCAAUUAGUGUUUCCAUUCCAAAAAAGAAAAAUUAUGUAGAAAACAUUAGCUGUGUGGUCUAAAUGAGGCUUCAACCUUUUCACAUGUAUGUCAUUAAAUAUUCAAGGACUUCAGGGAAUGAUCUCUGCUCUGCUGGACCUGUAGGGCACGUAUGCAUCAUUUGUUAUUUUGGGGAGAAAGACUUGCAUGAGCUUUGUGAGAAAAAAAUCUGAAUUAAAACUUUAUGAACUGUCUGACUUUUUGACUCUUAUUAGUCUGAUUAAGAAACCAUAGUUAGUGUCUGAAAACCUGUUCUGUGUUCUGUAGGACCAGCGAGAAGCUGCAGACAGCAUUUCGGAGCUCCUCCACAGCUGAUUCCAGUGGCAGAUGUUUGUUCUGCAUGUGUAUCCUGGAUACAGCUGUUGGUGAGUAUUGGAUAAAAAGAAUAUUUUUGGCUGUCAAUAAAAGACAACUACUGAAUAGAUAAAGGUUAAAGAAUGACGCUAAUUAGCAAACAAGUGUGCGGGCUCUAUCCUUGUUGUCUUUUGAAUAAGGUUUAAUAUUGGUUUGUAGAAUAACAAAGCGGAUCUGCAGCCUCUCCUGAACUUCCAUGUCUGACUCUUGUCUGAGAGGGGAGGGGGCAGAUGCAGAGACAGAAAUACACCAAGAUAAGCAUGGCGAGCACUAGACUACACUGAUUGAGAAUUUGACCCCAAACAGAGCUGUGGUCACAAUAAUGUGUGUCCAAGUGGUACAUUAAAAAUUAAAAGCCAUCCCUGUAUUCUUGCCCCUUGUGUGUAACUGUAUGUGGGCCGUCUGCAGUGCUGAAGCAGACCGAGGUGAACUGUCAACAAGCACAUUGACAUCUUUGACAUCUUGACUCUGCAACACUGAAACAAAUUCAAUAUAGACCAAGAGGACAUGGAGUUCCCUAAAGGAGUGGGGAUGCAUGCAAGCUUAAUGUUAGGUCAACACAGGAGCCAGUUCAUGCCCCUUAAAGAAGCUGCUGUACGUUUGCAGAGGCUGUUUUUCCUUCACACCCUCAGGACUGCUAGACUGUAGGAUGUCUAAAGAACAUAUUUAUAGGCAAUUAAAAAGGUGAUUUUAUCAUGGUCUUCUUUAUAGGGCUGUUCAUUUCUUUCUUUGAAAAUCUUCCAAUCAAAAACAUACUAUAGAGGGGCUGUAGUAAAUAUGCAUGAGUCUAUAAAUGAGUCUUUAUCGCACAGGUAUUUUUCCUUUUGGGAUUUAUAAUUUGUUUCUUUCCGUUUUUCUUCUGCUCUGCUCCCUUUCCCCCCUUUUUUUUUUUUUUUCAGAGAGUGCUUCAGCCUUCAAUAUGACACUGAUCUCAGAGCAGCUCUCUCAGACCAAAGCUGCCGGAAACACCAAAGCAGAGCUCCAACAACAAAGUCCAGGUAAAUGUUCCUCUCAAUUAAUUAAAGUUCAGUUGUAUCUUCUUUACUAUACUCUCUGCAGUAUAGUCAUUUUUACUUUGGUAGUCUGAUGAAUUCAGAGUCUUUUUUGAUAAACGUCUGGAUUUCACUUGAACAGUUCACAGAUGAACCUGAAAUAUCAGGAUACUUAUGGUUGUCGUAGUCCAAUAUAAAUCCAUGUUUUGGAGACUGGGUGCUGUCAGGAGAAAUUCAACAGUAUACAUUUGAGUUGAGUCAGUCCUUCAAUGUUUGUAAAAUCAGUCUCCUGUUAUGUCAUGAAAGCUGAACCUGAAUCAAGCGCUCCUGCUGGACAGUGCUGCUCCUCUGGAGGAGGAGAGGAUUGUGGGAGAGCAGCAGGUGGUGGCGGCUGCUGUUCUACAGACAAGUAAGUGUUAAAUGAUUUAUUCACAUAAUUUCAGCAGCGUGUAAGUUCAUGUCCAUAUCUUACAGGAGUAUUUAAACAGCGCUCGACACACACAGGAAUGUCCGCAAGUGUGUUUCAGCCUUGAGCCACCUUCAGUAUGUGAGUUACUUAGUUCCACUCGUUCUCUAUGUUCUGCACUGCUAACCCUGGUGGGUGUCAGAGGACCCUAGAGCCCAUUCCAGCAGUCACUGAGUGAAAGGCAGGGUGUGUUCUGGACAGGUCAGUCAAGAGGGUCUUCCUCAGUCCACUAAUGUGCCUUUGUGUGUCCCUUACCUCCAUCUUAGUGCCUCCUGGAAAGGAACUGAAGAGGAGAUGUGUAAAUGGAGGAGGCAAAUUUUGUUAACUGAGUAAUCCUUCAUUUUGGGGUCAGACUGAAUUGAAGUCUGAAGGCAAGCUGCACUGCUGUCUCACCCGUCAAACCCACAAUAUGAAUGCUGGAAAACAUUUGAUAGACUUGAGUGUGUCCUGUGUGGAGGAGGUACUGCUGGAAGUGUAACAAAAAUGGGCAGAUAAUUUUUUUUCUGUGAUCUUUAGGAGCAUCAGCGGGGAACGAAAAAUACACUGAAAACAGAAAUAUAACACAAUAUUCAGAGAAUGCCCACACGCUCCAGAUUAAUCCAUUAAGACCUGAAUCCUUCUGAGACACGGCUCUGAAAUCCUGAGGGCAAUUUUGAGAAGGGCCUCCAGAUCCUGAGGUUUUCUUAAGUGUUGAGGUUUACAAAAAAGCUGAUAUAUCAGCCUCUGUAGCAAAUAGAAACAACAUUUUAAAAGUAUUUGAGAGCUUAUACAUGAAGCUUUCAAGAUAACUAUCUUUUAUUUUUCCGAACCCUCAUCACAUUUUUGAAAACAUUGAACAAUCAAACUCAAAUGAAAUAAAGUGGCUGUAUAAAUAGAAGUAAAGACUGCACUGGAGAAUAACAAACAGUUUGCUUUCUGUAAAACAAGUGGCAGUCAUGAUAAAGUUUCCAUUCAAUACAAAUAUAAAAAAUUAAGUGUUGAAAGGGUAUGCAGCUGCCCCAGUAUAGUGCCAGUACAAAAGCAACACUAAAAACUAAAUGAAUAAGUGUCUGACAGUGUGUUCAUCUCUGUGCUCACUCAAAGUCAUGCAACACUCACAGAAAUCGCAGAUAGUGUGAGCCAAAGCUCUCAAUAUGAAGAGGUUGUUCACACUGCUGAAUGCUUCUUUUCCGAAGCUCAGUCAUUGUUUACUUUACUCAUGAAACACGUUGCAGGAUCUUAGCAUGAAUCCGAUCGCUUUAUGAACCUAUCAAAGUGGGACGGGUAUGAUGAUUUGAUUCUCCACGACUCGAGAAAUGAUUGAAAAACUACUGAAUGUUACAAAAGGACGUAUACGCGCUCUCGGCUUGGAAGGCUGAAAUGCGUACAUGCUGUCCCGGUUUAAAUGGGUUAAGGGACAUUACACAAGCUCAAAUUUGAGGAAACGUAACAGAAAAAAGAAACGGAGCAGGUCUUGAAGUGAAGUGGAAUAAAUAUUUACGUUUCAUGUGGGCUGCACGACUCAGUGAAAUGUUGUGGCCAAACAUGGUUUAUUCUAAUUGAAGCUCACACUGUGUCAGGCUUCAUCCAGCAUUGACUUUGAGUCUGCAGCCUCCAUCAAAAGAGGCUCUUGCAGAGAAGACCCGCAGCACCUUAAACAGAGGCAGAGGAUUACAUAACAUUUUCUGCAUUCAAAGUGUGCCACCUGGAGUGUUAGUUCAAGGCUGUUAAAGACUUGGUGAAUGUCCUGUGAUGGCAGUUUGACUGUUCUUUCUUGUACUUCAGUUAGAGCACAUACAGGUUUGCUGGGAACUUAACAGAAGCAUAUGUAUUGAAAAUAUCAAGGGACAGUUUUCUCUGCAUCUUCAGCCAGACCUGAGGGCACUUUCACAGCUGAUUGUCUUGGUUUAUCUUUAUCAUGUUUAGAGGAAGCAGUGGCUGUCAGACCAGCAACAUCUCAGUGUCUGAUAAAGCAUGGUUAAUGUACCUGCUGAAGUUAUGAAACAAGUCUUACUGAGCUGCAGUUAGACAGUGUCAUUAUCCUCAGAGAGCCUUUGUGACUGAGUUUUCCGUGUCACACUGUAGGGCAACAGAGACACCUAAUCUGAGGAGCCUGCUUUGUUACAGCUGUCAGCUGACCAUCAAAGACAUGGUGAGUGAGAACCACUGAAUGUACUCGCUGAGUGUCAUGAUCACUGUUACACGCAAACAUCCUUUGUGUUUGCCGUCAGCUACUCAUCCAGAACCUAAAUAUGUUCAGACCUUGACUUUAAGGUUGUGUUUUCUCUUCCCCCGUUUUACCUCCAGUCCUCCGUGGAUCACCUCCCACUCUACAUCCUGUCAGAGGCUCAGCGGAGGCAAAGGAGGUACAGAGAGCAUGCUGUUUACUUAUCACUCUUCAUAGUUGAGUUAAAGAAGGAAUACCAUAUGCAAUUCUCUGACCUAUGACAUGACAUGACAACCCUGCAUGGAUUCCUGUUCAAUAUCUGUAAUGUUUCACUAAAAAGGAUCAUUUAUUUAUUUGUUAAUUAUAUGAACUAGCCAUAGCUGAAAUCCCACAGCCCCAAAACUACUGCAAAGAGAAGCCUCAAACUUAUUCAUGGAAACUUUGCUUCUUUUGCAAAUGGGAGUUUUUUUGGUUUUCUUUUUAAAACUCCAGCUGUUUUGAACCAUUUUAAUCCAUAAAUUAGUCAUUCAUUCAACAGUAUAGGUAGCCACACAGCUGCUUAUUUAGACAGAAAACAUCAACAUAAACUAGGGUGACCAUAUUUUGAUGACUGAAAACCAGGACACUCAGCCCAGCAAUGAGAUACUCAAAUGAUACUGGAAGUUUACUCAGAGAUGUUUUGUAAUUUCAAUAUGCCUCCUCUGUAUAGACAGAGAAUUGUCAUGUUACCGAAUACUAUCUGGAACCAAAGAGACAAGUUUAGGUAGGCCUCUCAACCUGCUGAAUUGUGACAAGUUUUAAAAAUAACAAAUGAAAUAAUGAUAGAAAAAAUGUCUCUUAUGGUUUAGAAAAAUAACUAAAAAAUACCUCUGCUAUAUUAGCCAUCCAACUUCAAACAAAAAAGCUCUCACAAACUUACAAACACGAACAAAAAAUAUACACUGCCUGGCCAGAAAAAAAAAAUUGUCCCCACCAAAAAAAGGUCACACUAAUUUUUUGUUGGUCUGCCUUGUUUGGAUAAGCUUCUGCAAUGUCACAAGAUUUAUUUCCAUUGUGUGUUGCAUUAAUUUUUCACAAAGAUCUUGGACUAGUUAUGGGAGAGUAUGAACACUGUGCAAAGCCUUCUUCAGCACAUCUCAAAGAUUCUCAAUGGGGUUAAGGUCAGGACUCAGUGGUAGCCAAGCCAUAUGUGAAAAUGACGUCUCAUGCUCUCUGAACCACUCUUUUACAAUUUGAGGACGGUGAGUGCUGGCAUGGUCAUCUUGGAAUACGCCCGAGUAUACUGGAUAACCUGGUCAUUCAGUCUAUUCAGGUAGUCAGCUGACCUCAGUCUUUGGGCUCAUAAUGUUCCUGAACCUAGAACUGACCAACUGCAGCAACCCCAGAUCAUAGCACUGCAUCCAUAGGCUUGUACAGUAGGCACUAUAGGCUGUAUUGGGACAGAGGAAAAAGUGCCUAGAAAGUGAAUCUCGUUCCAUAAAAUAGCUUUAUUAAUAGUAAGUACUAAAAAAAUAUAUCUACUCAUGCCAUCCGGCUGAUUUUUAGUAAUCAGUGUUUCGGUGUCGGACUAUUUCCUUUCUGCAGCAUAGUGAUACUUGCACACGCGCAAUCGAAUAUGCAGAGGGGUGAAGCGAUUUUUGUCACGUGGACCAAUAGGAGCCGAGUCUCGUUGCCAUAGUAUCAGAAAUACACAAACAUGGCGACGAGCACAUCUUGCAGCGAGACAAGCAAAGAGGAAGAAAAGGAAAGGGAAAAAAAAAAUGAAAACAACCUUCAAAAGUGCAUAAAAAAGGAACGAAACGAUUCUAUAUGCAUCUAUCAUCUGUCCAGAGUGAAGACGUUCUCGACUUUACAAUGACACAUUGGGAAACUUACAGAACUAGUAUUAGAAAGUGGCUUUCUCUACAGGGUGAGACAAAAGACCAGCCAGAAAUGUACAUAUAUGUGAGUAACACAAAAAACAACUGUGCUGCUGUUUUAGCUUGUAGAAACUGCUAUGUUGAUUCUGGCAAGACAAAGUCUUUCUCAAAUGUCAGGUAUAACAUCUGAAACAGUUAUUGGUGCCUUAGUAUAUGCAUAAGUGAAUUCAGAUUAUGAAAUGUAGCAAAUUUCUUGAAGAAAACGUCUCAACUCAAGUGAUUUGCACCCAGCACAAUGAAAUAUAUACAGUAAAUUUAGCUAAAAGCUUAUGUUUCAUACAUAAAAAUGACACAACCUACUGUGUAAUAAAAGCAAUAAAAUAUAAACAGAACAUCAUGGCCAUAAAUGGCUGAAAGUCAAUCAAAUUGCUACCACGCCCCCCAAAAUUGGAAUAAUGGAAAAAAUGUAACAAAACAAAAAUAAAUGCACAAAAGGUCUGAAUUAAUUCAAAAUAUGGUAUAAAACAUUUAUUUAAGUAUCACAGUGUCAAAACAUCUGAUAUUUAUCAAUCCCUCCAGAAUAUGAAAAUAAAGAUCAAAACACAAGCGCAGACAAAUGUAGAACAAAUAUAAAAAAAUUAUAAAAAUCUCAAAUCUCGGUGUAGCAAUCCUUUACACAAAACAAAUUGUACAUGGUGACAUGGUGCAUAUAUUACGCAUCACUAUCACUUUCAUCAGAGUCAUCAUCCCAUACAGCUCUUUCUUCUGUUUCCUUUGAAGCAUUCUCACAUGCUUGGCACCGACAUAAAUCUGUACAAGAUAGUCUUGCAGACAUACAAGAACAUCCAUACAUUCACAGGUUGUGACUCGACCAGUGCCUUUCAUGGCAAGGGCAAAAAAAAAAAAAUUCUGUUGCUUGUCAGAAAGAAGAAUACCUGACUGGGUUUGCAAAUCUGGGCAACAGUUUUAACCUUGACCAAUCCACCUUUAACACGCUAAGUAGUUAUGUGUACCACCUGUAUGGCCAGUCAUUAGCCAAAAAUGUAAAUGAUGCCAGAUACAAAUCUUUCUGCAUGGCCUCGCCAGCUUUGCCAGAACUGUCCAUUCCCUCAACAAGUAACGCCCUGUACCAACACUGCAUGAGAGCAAACUACCAAGCAGCAGUGAUGAAACAUUCUCUGACUGGUAAAAUGUGUGCCCCUUCACACUUUCUUCACAAAUCCUGCCCCUGAUAGUGUUUUGCAUAUAGUCCACUGUAGUUGCAAGACAACCAAAUGUGAGACUAAACGAUGUUCUUGUAUGUCUGCAAGACUAUCUUGUACAGAUUUAUGUCGGUGCCAAGCAUGUGAGAGAGUUGAGACGUUUUCUUCAAGAAAUUUGCUACAUUUCAUAAUCUGAAUUCACUUUUGCAUAUACUAAGGCACCAAUAACUGUUUCAGAUGUUAUACCUGACAUUUGAGAAAGAUUUUGUCUUGCCAGAAUCAACAUAGCAGUUUCUACAAGCUAAAACAGCAGCACAGUUGUUUUUUGUGUUACUCACAUAUAUGUACAUUUCUGGCUGGUCUUUUGUCUCACCCUGUAGAGAAAGCCACUUUCUAAUACUAGUUCUGUAAGUUUCCCAAUGUGUCCUUGUAAAGUCGAGAACGUCUUCACUCUGGACAGAUGAUAGAUGCAUAUAGAAUCGUUUCGUUCCUUUUUUAUGCACUUUUGAAGGUUGUUUUCUUUUUUUUUUUCCUUUUCUUUUCUUCCUCUUCGCUUGUCUCGCUGCAAGAUGCGCUCGUCACCGUGUUUGUGUAUUUCUGAUACAAUGGCAACGAGACUCGGCUCCCAUUGGUCCACGUGACAAAAAUCGCUUCACCCCUCUGCAUAUUCGAUUGCGCGUGUGCAAGUAUCACUACGCCGCAGAAAGGAAAUAGUCCAACACCAAAACACUGAUUACUAAAAAUCGACCGGAUGGCAUGAGUAGAUAUAUUUUUUUAGUACUUACUAUCAAUAGAGCUAUUUUAUGAAUCACAGUUUAUGUUGCCCCACUGAAGUGGAACGAACCAACACGAUCUCGCUCAGCCAAUACAGCCUACUAGGCCUGAUGGGUGCAUCACUUCACCUGCCUCUCUUCUUACCCUGAUGCGCCUGUCACUCUGGAACAUGGCUAAUCUGGACUCAUCAGACCACAUGACCUUUUUCCAUUCUUCCAGAGUCCAAUCUUGGUGCUCCCCAGCAAACUGAAGCCUUUUUUUCCAGUUAGCCUUACUGAGUAGUGGUUUUCUUAAAGGCUACACAGCCGUUCAGUCCCUUGAGUUCCCUUCGCAUUUGUGCGUGUUCUACUGUUGUCUUUCUUCGAUUUGAUUUGACCAAACAUUUAAGUGAUUUCUGAUUUCUUCACAUUUCUUCCUGGAAGACGAUGGUUCUCUACUAUCCUUCCAGUUUUUAAUAAUGCGUUGGACGCAAUUUUAGAAGUUUCUGCAAUCUCCCUAGAUGUUUUCUAUGCCUGAUGCAUGCCAAUGAUUUGACCCUUCUUAAACAGACUAAGCUGUUUUCCACACCCACAGGAUAUGUCUUUUUCUUUAAACUUCUUUAAAAUGCUGUAAUUAUCCAAUAGGAAGCUUGUACCUAUUUGAUUAGUUCAAUCCAGGUGGGGACUUUUAUUUUGGCUAGGCAGUGUAUAUUUACUUGUUUUUUUCUUCAUCCUAGUGGCUCAGUUUAGUGGUCCAAUGAAUACCAGGACAUUUUCAUCACUUUAUAACAAUCAGCACAACCAAGACAGGAUGUGAAACGGGACAUGUCUUGGGAAAGCAGGGCGUUUCGCCACCCUAACAUAAACCAUAAUAGUAGAAACUAAAGUCAAGAAAUAACCCAGCACUCUUACUUUCUCUCCUUUUAACCUGUUUUUCAAUUUGUGCAGGUCUCAGAUGAGAGAGGAGAUCAGUGAAUUCCUGCUGGAUGGUGAAGAUGAUUAAGAGUUGGACUGAGUGUUGACUUAAAAGCUGAAAUCAAAUAUCACUUUUACCUUUGCACAGUUAUUGAAUAAAGAGGUUUACCAAACAUUUGGUAAACGUGUAUUUCUUA